UAAAGUCGGAGCUCAUCCCUCCCCUCCGCAUCAUGUCCCCUGCUCGCUGGCCACACUCGCUGCAUGCUUUUUAAAUUCCCAUCGCCGGCCUCCAGACGUCGUUUCCUCUCGCCUGCGGGAUGAUGGACAGCAGGAUACUGGAUGCACCUCACGCCCAGUUCGGAGGCUCUCUCGGCGGGAUGGUGGGCUUCCCGUACCAUCUGAGCCACCAUCACGUUUACGAAUUAGCCGGGCAUCAACUUCAAUCUGCGUCCGCGGUCCCCUUCUCGAUAGACGGAUUACUUAAUGGCUCCUGCACGGCGUCGGUGGGUAAUUCCAACCCCCUCUUGUCUUCGGGCUGCGGGAUGAAUGGAGAUAAUCAGCAGUACAAACUGACAGACUCGUUGGACCCAGACAAAGAUAGCCCCGGUUGCAAGAGAAGAAGAACUCGCACAAAUUUCACUGGUUGGCAGCUGGAGGAAUUAGAAAAGGCUUUUAACGAGAGCCACUAUCCCGACGUGUUCAUGAGGGAGGCGCUGGCUCUGCGGUUGGACUUGAUAGAAUCAAGGGUUCAGGUGUGGUUCCAGAACCGCAGGGCGAAGUGGAGGAAAAAGGAGAACACAAAGAAAGGUCCGGGUCGACCUGCUCACAACGCCCACCCCACCACCUGCAGCGGGGAGCCCAUGGACCCGGAGGAGAUCGCCCGGCGAGAGCUGGACAGGAUGGACAAGAAGAAGCGCAAGCACGAGCGCCGGCUGCUCAAGUCCCAGAACAAGCUCAGUUCUGGGGAUUUAUUUCACACCCCGGGGUCGGACAGCGACAGCGGGGUGUCGCAUGUGACCGACAGUGACCACACCACGGGCCCGCCUUUUGACUCCGUGGGGGGGAGUCAGUCGCAGUCGAGCUGCGACCAGUCGCCUCGCCAUCUCCAGACGCAGAACCAGAACCAAAGACUUAUGGACCGGGACGCUGGCGGAUCCGAGCUGGACUCGCCCGACGCCAGCCACCGGACCAGCCUGUGCUCCGGCAGCAGCAGGGCCUCCGGGCUACAGAAGCUCAACCCUUUCAGCGUCGAGAGCCUCCUCUCGGACUCCAGACCGAGACGCCACCCCGCGGCCUUACCCCCCUCACGGCCUUUGAUAGGGAAAGGACACUUCCUUCUCUAUCCCAUCACGCAGCCGCUUGGAUUCAUUGUUCCCCAAACUGCUCUGAAGACGACGACAACAACAACAACAACAUCAGCAUCGUCCUCGUCGGCUGCAAACUCUGGCGGUGACUCCCCGCACGAGAGGCACCAGGCGGGCGGCCGCUGCAGCAGCGUCUCUGCGGGAUGUAGGAGCAGCUCGCCGGACUGCGCGGACGCCGCGCCACGGGGGCAGGUGGGGUCAGAGGACCAGCCCGGUUCACCGCACACCAGCCCGCCCAGGGCCGCGUUCCCCCCCGGCAAACACACCCACACCACCUCCGUCAUUUGCGGCGACUCGACUUUCACCCACGAACACGUCAGCAGCCCACAGCCGCUCAGUGCAAAGCCUGUGGACGCAGACAGAAACGAGCCUUUAGAGAUCCAGGACCGGCCCGAGUGCGUCCUCAGUGACAGUCCAGCAGAAACAAAGACAGACUCAAAAGAAGAUGUCGACAUGGAAUAAAUCUCUGGGGGUAAAAACAACAACAACAAUCAUAAUAAUAAUAAUAAUGCAGAUACACAUUGAUAUAACCUCUAAACGACACCUUCCAUUAGGCCAAAGCUUAACCACAAUCUUCGCAUCCAAUAUCUAGGUUUCCCCCCAAUGACAUUUUUUGACAAUGGUGUGCUCUCUCUCUCCCCCUCUCUCUCUGCGAGUGUGUGUGUGUGUGUGUGUGUGUGAGUGUGUGUGUGUCAGGAGUCUCUAUAGAUAUUCCUUUUAAUGUGUGAUAACUUGUCAAAAAAAAAAAAAAUCACAAGACCAUGAGACCAACGAAAAUCCU